AUGGCAGAUCUUUUAGAAAGUCUUCCGAAGGAUCCGACAGAAGAUGAGAUCCAAUCCCUUCUGGCGCAGCUGGAAACGAUGGAGGACGUAGACAACUGCGAAGAGCUGCAAUCACAGAUCAUGGAAACGAUCCAGGGCUACCCGGAGCUGCUGCAGGCGAUGAAGCAGUUCAACAACGAACACGCCUUUGAGAAAGAAAAGGUCGAAUUCGAGCGGCUCAAAUUGGAGGAGCAAAUUUCGAUGCUCGAAAAAGUCAUCGAAAACGGAAUCAAGCAGACGACCGAUCUGCAGGAGAUCCACCACGCGGAGGUCGACGAUCUCCACAACCAGAUCAUCAAUCUCCAAAAACAAGUGGCGGCGCACGUGCGUUUCAUCGACGAGCACUGCGUUGACUCGGAAGAAAUCAGAGCCGAAAUGCAACAGGAUAUCGACAGACUCGUGGUUGAGCUUGAAGAACAGACAAAGACAAACCGAACGACAGACUCGCUCCAGCAGCAAGUUUCCCGCCUCGAGCAAGAAUCGAGCAGAAGCCCUUUUAGAAGCCAGAACAGAAGAAAAACGGCGGAAGUCGAGGACAUGAACUCCCAAAUCCAGUGGUUCCGCAACGAAUACGACUCGCUCCUCAAGAAGGUGGUGUCGGUAGAAGAAGAACUGGCGGUGAAGAAGUCGGCUCUGGAGGAAUUAACAGCCGAGAACGCUAAGACGCAGCUUCAGAUCAAAGAACUCGAGCUCAAGUCGAGCGGAUUACAGUCUCAGCUUGAAGACGAAGAAAAACGCAGUGCGGAGCAACUUCAGAUGCUGAAAAACAGCCUCUCGGAAGAGCAAAAGACCUCUUCGCGCCAAAAGUCGGAGCUGGAAAAGAUCAAGACGGAGCUCGAGAAGCUCAAGUCCCUCCUCGCAAAGAGCAAGAGUGAGAACGAAGAGCUCGAGAGCGUCAAAUCCGAAAACUACUCCUUAGCCACCGAAUUGGAGCUCGGCAAAUUCAUCCAAGAAACGGCCAAGAACUGCGACUCGGAGGCCGAUACCGCAGAGAAAUUUGCUUUCCUUCAAAAGCAGCUCGAGCGACGCACCGCCGCGUACGAUGAUCUUCGUCGAGAAAAUCUUCGUCUUCGCGAAGCAGCUGAUCGCCGAAAGCGCCGAGAAAAGCUUCACAAGAGUUCGAAGAGCUCCAACGUCCUUUCGAGUGAGUCCUCCGACUCGCUUUCCGGCUACAGUGGACGAAAGAAUCAUUCCAAGAAUCAAAUGGUGUCGCGAAGCAGCCAAGAAGACGGCGGAUCCAACUGCGAAUCGGAAGAUGGCGGCUAUUGCUCGUCCCUUCGAUCGCUUACACGUUCGCUUCAAAGCUCCUCAAUGAUGAGUUUGGACCAGAGCGGCUUGGAAUGGCGCUCGCAGUCGUUUUCCUCGCUGCUUUCGUCUUCGAACUCUCCUUGCGCGAGUUCGACGCCUCUUCGCUCUCCGCGCAGAUUGGUGCACUCUUUCAACGACUCGCAGGGGAGCAUGGAGGAGCUCUCGGAAGACGAGGACAGCGGCGAGAGGAUCAAAAAGGUCUACGUCAAGCCACAGGUUAACACCGCCGCCGCCGCCGCCGCUCCAAGACUGAUCAGCUCGAAAACUCAAACGAGCAUUUCGGAAAUUCCCGAAUUGGGGGGAAUCGCGCAAGACUCGAAUCUGAAAAGCGCGCGCUCAAUGAGCGACAUUCGAAUCGUCUCCGACUUCGACACGUCGAAAUAUUUGACGCCGCUGCGCAUUCGCGAAAUUCACUCGUCGCGAAAAACGACUCGCAAUGGACACGAAAUGACGGAACGACUCAGUCGACAGCUCGAGGACAAACGUGAAGACAUUAGACUUCUGCGAAAGAUGAUUCGAGAAAAGGACGAGGCUUUGGCGGCGAAGUCGGCCGAGUGCGCCAACUUGAAACGCGAACUGCGCGCGUCUUCCUCGUCUUCCUCCCUUUCGACUCCCGGAUCGAAGAUGGUGCACAGCAAUCUGCUCAACUCCGACCUUUCUGAUCUCAAAAUCAACUUGAAGGAUGAAGGCGAUCCAGAGCUUUAUGGACACAUUGACCAGAUCCGACCCGGCCAAAUCCAAGAACUGAAGACAGUGCGAAAGACGAUCAAAGACGUCGACGGAAAACCAGUGAAAUACUCGACGAAAGUGUCGGUCACGUGCAACAAGGUCGCCGUCUUCUUUUAA